AUGUCGAAAGAAACAGCGUCUAUGAGAGAAAUACAACACAACCGACAACUCAUUAUACAAGCUCUAAAUAAGAACACAACAAACUUUUCAAACUAUUCUAAGAUAUCUGAGUCAUUGAAAGAAGGAAACUUAAAACUGACAUUAAACCCAUUGACAGAUGAGUUUCUAUUUCAAGACAGUAAGAACCAUACUGUCUGUGUAAAUCCAACAAAAGGAACUUUAAACGAGAAGCCUAUAAAAGAACUUCUUUUGAAAGCAGAUAUUGACAACAAAGCUGACAAAGAGUAUGUUGACGAUGAGUUAGCACGUGUGGCUAGUGCGUUAGUGAAGAAGGCAGAUAAGGAAUAUGUGAAUGAAAAAGAUGAAAAAAUUAUAGAAAGGGUUGAAUGGUACCAUGAACGGACAACAAAGAUUUUAAAAGGUAAAGCCGAUACAGGGUGGGUUUCAGGAUGUUUAGACCUUAAAGCGGAUAAGAACCAUACACAUACCAUUGCAAAUAUUACAAACUUACAAGAAACCUUAAACAGGAAAAGUGACGUUGGACAUACACAUACCAUUGCAAAUAUUACAAACUUACAAGAAACCUUAAACAGGAAAAGUGACGUUGGACAUACACAUAGCUUCUUCGCAACUGUUGGUAUAGAAAAUAUUGAAGGAACGGUUGAAGAAACUGGUGGGGAUGUAUUAGAUUGGAAACCUCCUAACUUUCCACAAGGUUUAACAUCGGAGGAUGACAUAACAACGAUGAAAGACAUUAGAUGUAGAGAUGUUUAUGUCAUGGAGGAUGAAAAUAAAGUUAAAUUCACUGCUCAAGAUUUAUAUGACAAGAAAGCAGACAAAACAGAGCUUCAAACAUUAAAGACAGAAAUACUUCAAACCAUUUACCCGGUUGGUUCUAUUUAUACGUCAAUGAACUCUACCAGACCAGAAGUAGUACUUGGUUUUGGAACUUGGACUCAAAUAUUCGAAAGUUUUUUGUAUUGUGCACACACUCCAAAGAAAACAGGUGGAAGUAAAACGAUAUCUGUCGACAACUUGCCACCACAUAGUCAUUCUGGUACAACAAACUUUUCUGGCGACCAUAGCCACUCAUUACGAGACCAUCCAUUAUACAACUCAGAAUAUGAAGCUGGCUAUGACGUUUUAUCUCCAGAUUAUAACCAUUCAGCAAAAAAGACUUUUCGACAAACUGAACCAGGAGGAAACCACCAACAUACUUUUACAACAACAUCUACAGGACUAGGUAAAAAAUACAUGCCACCUUACAUGACAGUUUGUGCAUGGUAUAGAAUUGCUUAG